AUAUGUACAAUUACGAGGUAAUCAAGACUCUUAGUGAAGGCAACCAUGCUGAAGUAAUGCAAGCGAGGCAUAUCAAGACUGACGAUCUGGCCGCUCUGAAGUGUAUGAACAGAGUUUAUAAAAAGGGAACUGAAUCAGAAGAACUAGAAGAUCCUACCUUGCCACUUUGAUCCAUAUUUACAGGAAAAAUAAGUGAGAUAAGAGAGAUCCAACUGAUCAGAAAGUGUUCUUCCCAUCCGAACAUUGUCAAAUGAAAGGAGAUCCUUUUUGAUCAGCCAACAGGAAGGCUCUCCUAUGUUUUCGAGUUAAUGGAUAUGAAUAUGUAUGAAGCUAUAAAGGAUCUGGCAGAGCCUCUAUCUGAGGAGAAGGUCAAAGGAUACAUGCUUCAACUGCUGAAAGCUAUUGAUCACCUUCACCAAAAUGGAGGUAUGCAUCGUGAUAUUAAACCGGAAAGCAUUCUACUUAAGGGAGAUACUGUUAAACUAGGAGGCUUUGGAAGCUGCAGAGAUAGCUCGGUAGAACCUCCAUUUACAGAUUGUCUUACUACUCGUUGGUAUUCAGCCCCUGAAUGAUUGCUAACAGAUGGAUAUUAUGACGCUAAAGCUGAUAUCUGGGCUGCAGGAUGAAUCUUCUAUGAACUCUUGACUCUAACUCCUUUGUUCCCAGGAUGAAGCGAGCUUGACCAGGUUCUAAAGAUUCAUGACAUCUUCGGAACUCCAAAGCAAGAGAUAUUGGAAAAGUUUCAAAUUUUAUCUAGCUAUAAAGAUCUCACUUUCCCUUUCAAGAAGUAUUCAGGAAUCUCGAAAUUAAUACCUCAUGCUUCAUUUGAAUGCCGUGUGAUCAUCCUUUGGAUGCUGACAUAUGAUCCUGAUAAGCGCCCUUCGGCGAGUGACCUCCUUAAACUUCCUUAUUUCGAGUUCUAAGACCCCAUCCAACCAAAACGAGAUUUUAUCAGGAGUUGAUUCAACUAAAAUGUU